UGCGGAUGGUUUCCUGAUGUGUACAGAAAUACAGCGUGGACGUGCCUUUUCCGUUUAGAAAAUCGAGAUGGCUCGUGGACCGAAAAAGCAUUUGAAGCGUCUUAACGCACCUAAAGCAUGGAUGUUAGAUAAAUUGGGGGGUGUGUAUGCCCCACGUCCGUCUACGGGUCCUCACAAACUGCGGGAAUCUCUUCCUCUUGUUAUCUUCCUUCGCAACAGAUUGAAGUAUGCAUUGACAAACUGUGAAGUAACGAAAAUUGUGAUGCAACGUUUGAUCAAAGUUGAUGGCAAGGUUCGAACUGAUCCCAACUACCCUGCUGGCUUCAUGGAUGUCAUUACCAUUAAUAAGACUGGUGAAUAUUUCCGUCUGAUUUAUGAUGUUAAGGGCCGCUUUACCACACACAGAAUUACUGCUGAAGAAGCUAAGUACAAAUUAUGUAAAGUAAAGCGUGUUCAGACUGGACCAAAAGGCAUUCCAUUUUUGGUAACACACGAUGGAAGAACUAUUCGUUAUCCAGAUCCUCUAAUCAAAGUAAACGACACUAUUCAUUUGGACAUAGCAACAAGCAAAAUCUUGGAUUCUAUUAGAUUUGAUUCAGGUAAUCUCUGUAUGAUUACUGGUGGAAGAAAUUUAGGGCGUGUGGGCACAGUCGUUAGCCGCGAGCGUCAUCCUGGAUCUUUUGAUAUUUGCCACAUUAAAGACUCACAGGGACAUACUUUUGCUACAAGGUUGAACAACGUAUUUAUCAUCGGCAAGGGUACAAAGCCAUACAUUAGCUUACCAAGGGACAAGGGUGUUAAGCUUUCAAUUGCCGAAGAGCGCGACAAGAGGUUAGCAGCGAAAGGUGUGAAUUAA